AUGGAUUGUAUGGCCAAAAGUAAGGGUACAGUUGCUCAAUCCGGUAAAAUUGCUAGAAAGUCCUGCCCGACCGCCAGCAGUUGUUUCAUCAUCGCUCUUAACCAGCUUAUCCGAAAGUUGCAUCGUGGAAUAUCAGUAGUAGUGAUUGCUGCUCAUGGGACGGUGUCACUUGUGAUGAUGACACCGGCCGUGUCAUUGGCCUUGACCUCAGUAGUAGUUUUCUCUCUGGUUUUAUCAACACCAGCAGUUGGCCUUGACCUCAGUAGUAGUUUUCUCUCUGGUUUUAUCAACACCAGCAGUACCCUCUUCCACCUUGCUCACCAUCAGACACUCAAGCUUGCUGACAAUUACUUCAAUGAAUCUCAAAUCCCAUUUGCAGUUGGACUUCUUUCUAGGUUAAUUUAUCUCAAUCUCUCAUACACCGAAUUUGCUGGUCAAAUGCCAUUGGAAUUUUCAAAUUUAACCAAAUUAAAUUCUCUUGAUCUCUCAAGAAAUUCAAAACUGAAGCUCUUAAAGCCUGGUCUAACAAGCUUGGUUCAGAAUGUGAUGAAUUUAAAAGAACUUUACCUCAAUGAGGUGAACAUAUCUUGUACAGUAUCUCACAUUUUGGCUAAUUUUUCAUCUUUAACUUCUCUGCAUUUCGAAAGUUGUCAAUUACAAGGUGAAUUUCCGGCAGACAUUUUUAAGUUACCAAACCUACAGUUUCUUAGCGUGCAUUACAAUCCAGAUCUCAACGGUUACUUGCCUGAAUUUUCUAGGAGGAGUCUACUCAAGGAGUUGAUACUGGCGAGAACAAACUUUUUUGGGGAGCUGCCAAAUUCAAUCGGAUACCUUGAAUCUUUGAAUCAUUUGGAUAUCUCAUAUCGCAAUUUCUCAGGGUCAAUGCUGUCUUCAAUUAGUAAUCUUUCACAACUCCUUCAUUUGAAACUUUCUGGAAACAACUUCUCAGCAGGGUCAAUGCCGCCUUGGAUUGGUAAUAUUACACAACUUGAAAGAUUGUACAUGAGCUCUACUCAGCUAACUGGUCAAAUCCCUUCUUGGCUCAUGAAUCUGACCCAAUUAACGUUGCUAGACCUUUCAUAUAAUAUGUUACAUGGUCCCAUUCCAGAGUCGAUAUCAACUUAUUUCUUGAAAACUCAAGAUGAGUUGCAGCAGUUAAACCUCAGCAACAACCGCAUUCAAGGCCCCCUGCCUACAUGGAUAUGGAACAUGAGUACACAAACUCUGUCUACCCUUGACCUUUCUCAAAACUUUAUAACUGGCUUUCAUCAACCUCCUCCUUUAGCCCUUCCAUGGGGCACACUGCGCAUUUUAGACCUUAGUCUUAACAAGCUGCAAGGAUCACUCCCCGUCCCACCAUCAUCCACCUUGGUUUAUAAUGUCGCAAACAACAAACUGACUGGGCAGAUUCCACUACUAAUCUGCAAUGCAAGUUCUCUUGAUGUCCUGGAUUUAUCUUAUAACAUCCUGAGUGGAAUCAUUCCCCAAUGCUUGGCCAAUUUUUCUGAUCGUCUAACAUUAUUGAAUCUUCGAAACAAUAAGUUGGGCGGCCCCAUUCCUCAAACAUACAAGAAUGGAACCCAACUAACGAUGAUCAAUUUGAGUCAAAACCAAUUGGUAGGGCCAGUGCCAAGAUCAUUGAUCAAUUGCUCACUUCUGGAGAGUCUUGAUCUUGGGAACAAUCAGAUCAAUGAUAUUUUUCCCUUUUGGCUAGGAACACUUUCAGAGUCGAAGAUUCUGAUUUUGCGAUUCAAUAGAUUCCAUGGUGCAAUACGGAACCCUGACACAAGCUUUGCUUUUCCCAAGUUGCAGAUUCUUGAUGUCUCUCAUAAUGGUUUUACAAGUAAGUUACCUUCCGAUUACUUCCAGACCUGGACAGCCAUGAAAACUACUUAUGUUAAUCAAUCGGCACACACUGGGAGAAUUGAGUGA